AUGAGAUUUACGCGCGCUAUAUCCUUGACCAACUUCCUGGUGGCCAGUUCUGCACUGGGUUUCCAGGUUUUCGUAUUAUACCCGUGGCACAAGGAGUUAGACGCGGGAUUCGACGACCUGAAAAAGGAGCACUUGAAGGUUCUGGAUGCGGUGGGAAACAGUCUGAGCGAGCAGCAGCGAAAGGCCUUCUCGGACAAAUUGAAUAAACUGAAAACCUGUUUCCGUCUGGUCCAUUUGCUCACUGUCGGUAGCUUCCACCUCGUUGCCAAACAUGCACCAAGUCCUGGAGAAGCAAUCAGCGCCGCUAGGGACAAAAUCCUGCCGACCAAGGACAAUCUUAUGGCCGCUGUAACAAGGGAAAGUGCCCUGGAUGUGUCUCUAUACGCAAGAUACGCCCUAGCUGGUGCCUUCUGUUGUGCUUUCACUCAUGCCGUCCUCACUCCCGUCGAUGUCGUUAAAACACGGAUCCAGCUCGAUCCAAUCACAUACAGCAGCAGCCUUUCUAAGAGUGCACGGCAAAUAGUUUCAUCAGAAGGGCCAGCGGCUCUCCUGAUAGGGCUGGGCCCGACCAUAGCAGGCUACUGCCUCCAGGGUGCUUUCAAGUUUGGCGGCUACGAGUACUUCAAAGCCCGCACAAUCGACUAUCUGGGACACUCAACUGCUACCAAUAACCGGAAUGCCGUAUACCUGGCCUCAGCCGCUGCGGCCGAGUUCCUUGGCGAUAUCGCACUCUGCCCAUUCGAGUCUGUUCGAAUACGGCUUGUGUCUCAACCUAGCUACGCCACUGACUGUGUGAGCGCUCUCGCUAAGCUGGCAAGAGAAGAGGGCUUUAGUGGGCUGUACUCCGGCCUGAGUCCUAUCCUCCUCAAACAGAUUCCGUAUACGAUGGCGACGUUUUUAGUCUACGAGAAGGCUAUCCAGACAGCAUAUAGCGUUAUAGACAAGCGGGAGCUCUCUUCGAUGGGAGUCACUGGCAUCAACCUUGGUGCUGGGCUCGUCUCUGGUUUGGCCGCCGCCGUCGUCUCUCAACCGGCCGAUACGAUCUUGAGUAGAAUCAACAAGGAAAAAGCAGGCAGAGGCGAAAGCAUAACCCGCCGCUUAGUUCGCAUCGCGGUCGGGCUUGGACUACGCGGUGCCUACACAGGAAUGCAAGCACGCGCAAUCAUGGUUGGCGGCAUGACGGCAGUCCAGUUCGGCAUCUAUGGGGACAUAAAGAAGGUGCGUUUGAAUCUUACAUCUCUAGCUUCGUCAUGA